GUCCAGCCCCUUGCGGUUUCAUUCCGCUCAACCUCCGCCAUGCCCCGUCACUUGCCCCUACCGAAGGGCAACGAGAAGAUAUGGCGGGAGCUGCUCCCUCCGACGUCUGCGUUGCAGAAGUUGGGUCGGCAUGUGUACGUUUUUAGGAACACUCAGACGAACCAGAUCGUGUACUCGCUGUACCCCGUGAUAGAGCAAAGACACCUCAAGCAGCUCCCUUUCAUCGGAAAGCACUCGGUACCUCCGCGGAUACGACCGGACAAAUGGACAGCCCACUGUCGCGUGGGGCCCUUCCCGACCGGAACACAAGGGAAGGAUUUUUUGAGAAAGCUGCGCGAGCUGCGCAGGCUGCACGAGACCACCUGGAACAAAACGAAUCCCGAGUGGAAGAAGGAACCCAAGAAGAACCUGAUCAAGUUGAUCAUGGACCAGAGGGGGAACACCACCAUUGAUAUAGCAACUGUCCUGGAGAUCCAUAACAAAAUGCGCACUGAACAGCAAGAGGAAAAGGAGUGGCAGGCACAGAAGCAGGAGAAGUUUUUGGAGGGCAAGUGGGAAAAGCUGCGGCACCUUGCAAAAUUGGGAAAUGAAGGCAAAAUCCCGGAUUUGGAGUCGCAGAUCAAGGAAGCCGAGGCACAGAAAGAAAAGGUUGCCAAUGAUGCAGUAGAGGAGCGCCGCUUGAGACGCCAGAUCAAGGAGGACCGCCUGCAGAUCCGGAGAAUACAGUCAGCUAUGCAAUUGGUGAAAAGGAUAGACAAUGCGCCGAGCCAGACGUUGAAGGACAGGAUAUACAGAUCCAUCCUCCCUGACCAACUUCGUACGCUCCCCGAGGUGUUCAGCUUGGAAGGCGUGGAAAUCCACUGGGCAGACCGGGAGGAUGAGAUUUACCAGUGCAACUGGCCAGUGGAAGUCCAGCACGCCUUUAUCCCGAAGCCGGAGAUCCUCACGGAGGAAGAGUUCGCCUUUAGGGCCUCACAAGAGAGACAACUCAUCGAGGAGGAGGCAUUGAAGAGGGUGGAAGAAAUUCUGCUCAAUGAGGAGAAUGAAAGGCGUGCCGCGCAAGGUCUGCCGCCUCUGGAACGAUUGGCCCAGCCUCAACCUACGACGCCGCCAGUUUUGCAGGAGGAGGUGACGGUAGAGGCUUCGAAACCGGGGCUCAUAGCGCGUUUCACAAGCAUGUUCAAGCGCGCAUAGUCAUUGUGUUUGGUUGUACAAUCUAUGUGGGAGAGUAACGCUUCUGUAUUAUAGAGAUAGGUGUACCAUUGGGAAUAGCCGAUCUUGUACUUUG